AUGUUUACCGGAAUCGUAGAGGAAGUUGGAGUUGUCUCCAAGCUCGACACCAAUGACUCUACUGGGGGUACCUCUCUGACCAUCUCCAUCCCUUCUGGGUCACAACUCCUCUCCGACUGCCACGAUGGUGACUCUAUCUCUGUGAACGGCGUCUGUCUCACAGUCACUUCCUUCACGCCCGAGGCCUUCACCAUUGGCGUCGCUCCAGAGACACUGCGCAUCACCAACCUCGGCACUCUUGUCGAGAACAGCAAUGUCAACCUUGAGCGUGCUGUCCGUGCUGAUACUCGGAUGGGCGGUCACUUUGUCCAGGGACAUGUCGACACUACGGCCGAGAUCCUGUCUGUGGAGCAGGACGGCAAUGCCCUCACUUUUCGCUUCCAGCCCGCACGGAGGGAUAUGCUGCGGUACAUCGUGUACAAGGGCUUCAUUGCCAUUGAUGGUACUAGUUUGACUGUGACUCAGGUCAAUGAUGAGGAGGCAUGGUGGGAGGUGAUGCUCAUUGCCUACACCCAGGAGAGAGUCGUGGUGGCUCAGAAGAAGAAGGGCGACACAGUCAACGUCGAGGUCGAUAUGAUGGCCAAGUACGCUGAAAAGUCCCUGGGCGGUGUUCCUGGUUCAGAGCCUGGUGUUGCCGCCUCAUUCCCCUUCAUCGAGAAGAUUGUCGAGAGAAUCGUCGCACGGGGACUGGGAGCCAAGUCUUGA